GGCUCGAGUUCCGCGUCGUCGCGCAGAGCCGACUCUGGGAGGCGUUUGGGCCCGGAGAAGUGGAUCUGCUGCUUUCGCCGCAUGGAGUCCGAAUCGGAAAGCGGGGCCGCCGCUGACACCCCCCCGCUGGAGACCCUCAGCUUCCAUGGUAAUGAAGAGAUCAUCGAGGUGGUAGAACUGGAUCCCGGCCCUCCGGACCCGGCAGAUGAUCUGGCCCAGGAGAUGGAAGAUGUGGACUUUGAGGAGGAGGAAGAAGAGGAAGAGGGCAACGAGGAGGGCUGGGUGCUGGAACCCCAGGAAGGGGUGGUUGGCAGUAUGGAGGGGCCCGAUGACAGCGAAGUCACCUUUGCCUUGCACUCAGCUUCUGUGUUUUGUGUGAGCCUGGACCCUAAGACUAACACCUUGGCGGUGACGGGGGGCGAGGAUGACAAAGCCUUCGUGUGGAGGCUGAGCGACGGGGAGCUGCUCUUUGAGUGUGCAGGCCAUAAAGAUUCGGUGACCUGUGCUGGCUUCAGCCAUGAUUCUACUUUAGUGGCCACUGGGGACAUGAGUGGCCUCUUGAAAGUGUGGCAGGUGGACACCAAAGAGGAAGUCUGGUCCUUUGAAGCCGGAGACCUGGAGUGGAUGGAGUGGCACCCGCGGGCACCUGUCCUCCUGGCGGGCACAGCUGAUGGCAACACCUGGAUGUGGAAGGUCCCAAAUGGUGACUGUAAGACGUUCCAAGGCCCCAACUGCCCAGCCACCUGUGGUCAAGUGCUUCCUGAUGGGAAGAGAGCAGUGGUGGGUUAUGAAGAUGGCACCAUCAGGAUCUGGGACCUGAAGCAGGGAAGCCCUAUCCAUGUGCUGAAAGGCACUGAGGGGCACCAGGGCCCGCUUACAUGUGUGGCCACCAACCAGGAUGGCAGCCUGAUCCUGACGGGAUCCGUGGACUGUCAGGCCAAGCUGGUCAGCGCCACUACUGGCAAGGUGGUGGGCGUUUUCAGGCCUGAGACUGUGGCCUCCCAGCCCAGCCUGGGUGAAGGGGAGGAGAGUGAGUCCAACUCAGUGGAGUCCUUGGGCUUCUGCAGUGUGAUGCCUCUGGCAGCUGUCGGUUACUUGGAUGGGACCCUGGCCAUCUAUGACCUGUCCACACAAACCCUCAGGCACCAAUGCCAGCACCAGUCAGGCAUCGUGCAGCUGCUGUGGGAGGCAGGCGCAGCUGUGGUCUAUACCUGCAGCCUGGAUGGUGUGGUGCGCCUCUGGGAUGCCCGCACCGGCCGCCUGCUCACUGACUACCGUGGCCACACAGCUGAGAUCCUGGACUUUGCCCUCAGCAAAGAUGCUUCACUGGUGGUGACCACAUCGGGAGACCACAAAGCAAAAGUCUUUUGUGUCCAGAGACCUGACCGCUAACGGCCUGUAUUUGUCCCAUGUCUGGGCUGGAGGGGAGCCUGCCCGCCCCCCAGCAGAGGCCUAGAGUUCAAGGGGAGAGGCAGGGAGGGCUUCAGACCACUUUCCAAAUCCCUCUAGUCACCCCCUUGCUAUCGUGUCUUCCUGGAGACCCUCCCCCCCACUUCUCCCCUGCCCGCCCACCCAGUGGGUCCCUCUGUCUCUUUCACUGUCCUCUCUGCUGGUGUGAGCCACAGGGGGCAGGGGGUGUGGCAGAGUAGGCCUGAGGUUCCCGUUCUUUCCCUUCCCGAGUUUGGGGGCGGAAAGGAGGAAGAGAGAUUAGUUACAGAUUUAAGAGAUGUAAAUAAAAUAUACUUCCCAGA